GGGAGGACCAGUGUAAACCCAAGAGUCAUCAACGAUGUUUUCCGUAGUCAUUUUGGCUCAAGAGCAGUUUUGGCACACGAGGACAUGUUGGGCGCCGUGCACGGUGUGCAACAGGGCGCCUCACCCAAAGUUGGUAGGCCGAUGGUUCGUGCAUCGGUGGUUGCAGCGCUCUUGGUCGCCGCUCUCACCCAGGUGGUAAAGUCCGAGGGCUGCGAGGAUGAGGAGCCAGAAGCAGAUUCGCCCGUUCUGCUUCAGCACGCGAGGAUUCCUUGCAAUCCUUUAAACCGUCUUGAAUGCAGAACACCUUUGCAAGACCUAUCCGCGAAGCAGAAGUUUGAGCUCCAUUUGAUGCAGCCUCGGAUCGCUGCCUACCUGAAAGCGCGAAUCGCGGAUAGUCUCAUAUACGACUAUCCAACGUCCAACACCCAAACGCUUCCCCUUGAAAUGGUCGAACAUAUAGAUUUUGCCACUAUCACGCCUAUGUCUGGGAGCACAUCUUAUCCAGGCACCCUCCUUCCUGAUGCGUUCUCAAAGAUCAGUUUCAUUCCUUACUCAAUGACGGAGUACAGCUUCUUCAUUAAUUGGCAGACUGAAUUCAAUGCUCGCCAGGCUUCCUUCAUUCACAUGCAAAUUGCAGCAUCCACAGCCGAUGCUUUAGAGCCAGUGCCACUUCUCAACGGCGCAACAUACCACGACACGAUGCUGAAGAUCGCUGAUGAGGUUAACACCAUGAGCGCAGGCGUCGAAGAUAGUUUGAGUUUCGUGCAAGGAAAUAAAGGCAGAUGGAAAGGAGACGCAUUUGCAGGGCAGUACAUAGGGCACUCCUUUCUGGCGUGCAUACUGGAAGCCACGGCUUCUGGCGAGCUAGUGUUGGACCUUAGUGACUCUGGGACUUCCACACAGCUGAUGCAAGUGUUGAAAAGGAAGGCUGUGGCCUUAGUGCCCAGCGUUCUGCUCAAGACGCGGGGCUAUAUCAGAGACGGAGCUUCCGGCUUGACCCUUGUGAGGGUGGAGGUGUUGGAGCCUUCGACAGGCACUUGGAUGUCUUUCGAAUCGAGGUCUUCCGACACGCACUGGAGCCUCGCGAAAAUGGCGCUCUUUGCAGAGGCCUUGUUUGUAAUGGAGUGUUUCCAUGGAGGCUUCCACCUGUUCGUUGGAACCGUGAUCUCGGCUCUCAAGAUGUCCGUACCCCCUGCCACCGCUCUGGGAAGCAUGAUGGGCCCAAACACGGUUCAGACCACCUUUACUCUCUUUGAGCAGGCUGCCAUCCUCCACUCUGACCAUAAUUCUGGCUUUGACGGUCUGGUCUGGCCUACGGAGAACAUAUCUGCAAUUCAGGCCGCCACGACGGAUAUGGCCCGUGCUUUCCUCAGCAGCACGCCACUCGAAUACUUGGGGAUGGACCCAUCAGGAAAUUUCACGAUCCCCACUUGGUGGGCCGGCAUGUCUUCCGCUUUUAUUGGGCCCAUCUCGAAUUUUGUUGCGUCUGUUGCCAACGAGGUCUUUGAGCAGUCCCAGCAAAGCCUUGCCGAAUUGCAGGCUCAGCUGCAGAGCGUUGGUAUUAUGGAAUCAACGGCGUCUUUGGAUGUCAGCACAGUUGAUGGCUUGAUCACGCUGUUCACUAACUUGUUGUUCGUGGCAGGCAUUCUCCACACGCACAUGUACGCAGGAAGGGAGGUCUUCACACCUCUGGUAGGCUGGGCGAGCACCGAAGAGUUCAUGCCAUACUUGACAGGCAAAGGCGAAGGUGAUGUGUCACUCAACGAAGUCCUGAUAGAACUCUACCCCAACAUCACCAUAGAUUCGAGAUUUGCCUUGAGUUUUCUUGUCAACUAUCGAGUUAGUUCAGGCUUUACCUGGGACGUACCUCAGUUGGGUGACGGCCCGUACAAUGUCAAGGGCGAUUCGGCAACACAGGCAGCGCUCCAAUCUGCCGUCUUUGAAUUUCAAGCCAGCCUCAAUCAAACACGGGCGAUGGUGUAUGAGGCUUUUGGUGAUCGGAGAAGCAGUGGUUGGGUCCCGGAAUAUUUCUACCCAGUCGAUGUCCCCAAGGCCUUCGGGUGCGCAAUCACUCAGACCACAUACAUUUGAGGCAUCCGGAGUUCUUACACCGCCCUGGAAGGCGGUUUUGUGCGGUACAAGGACAAGAAGGAGAACUCGUCAGUGCAAUCACAGUUUCGGGAACAGUGCGGUGCGUAUUUUCAGGCGCUACGUUGCUCUACCCAGAUGGGAGCUGCUUCCCUCUUCCCCCUCCCUGUCCCAUUGAGUAGUCUCCCCAGAUCCACUGGUGCGCACGGAUGAGGGAGCGGCGGGGUUGGGAAAGUGGUGGGUGUGUGGAUUGCGACGUAGCAGAUAGGAGCUGUUGCCGUCUUAGCCCCUUUCUCGAUGCUCGGAGGCCCAGGACGGCCGACGGGCUCGUGCGAAUGUUGUCUACGCUGGGAAAGCCCAGCAGUGACAGCAGCAGCAGCUGAGCACCUCAGCUCUGAGGAUGGUUCUGCUCGCGGAUGCAUCCCCUCUCCUUUUCUCCCCUUUGCCCGUAUCGCGCUUGCGCUUUGCACGGUAGUUCGAUGAGCCUGUUGGGACUGUUGGGGCGGUGGUGCGGGUGGGGGG